AUGUCAAGCUUAGAAAUCUUUGGAGCUAAGGAAUGCUCCUUGUUGGCAUUAGUUAACAAUUUAAAAGUAUCUAUCGCAGUGAAAGCAUUCCAACCUAAUUUACAAGUUAAAUUAAAUGAAGAUUCUGGAUUCAGUUUGAAAGAUAAGACCAAUGGUUUUGAAUUAAUUGAAGCAAAUGCAAUUGUAAAAUAUCUUGCUGAUAAUUUCGAAUCAAGUGAUGCUAUAAAAUUUGAAGAAACCGAAUUAUAUAAAUGUGCUAAAUCUAAUAAGAGAGAAAAGUAUUCAACUAUAGAAAUUCCAUUCAAUUUCGAGAAACCAGAAUUAAAUGUAACCCAAAUUAUCGUAUUUGCUGGUUUAUAUCCUAAAUUUAAAGAUUCUCAAGAAAAUGUCUGGUUUAAGGAAUUUUCUGAAUUACCAGAGGUAGCUGCUGGUAUUAAAGAUGCACUUGCCAUUACCAAGGUUGAAAGAGAAAAGGAAGUCAACACUGGAGCCCAAAAGAUUCAUGUUGGUCAUUUAGUUAAGAAGCAAAGUGAUAGUAUUGUUCCAAAGGAAAAUGAAAGAAACAUCUUGAUUACUUCUGCUUUACCUUAUGUUAACAAUGUCCCUCAUUUGGGUAAUAUUGUUGGAUCUGUCUUGUCGGCUGAUAUCUAUGCUCGUUACGCCAAGAAUAGAAACUAUAAUUGUUUAUAUAUCUGUGGUACUGAUGAAUAUGGUACUGCUACUGAAACUAAAGCAUUAGAAGAAAAUUUGACUCCACAACAAUUGUGUGAUAAGUAUCAUAAGAUCCAUAAAGAUGUAUAUGAUUGGUUUGAUAUUGGAUUUGAUUAUUUUGGAAGAACUACAACUCCAUUACAAACCGAAAUAGCUCAAGAUAUUUUCCUUAAAUUACAUAAGGGGAACUAUUUGGAAGAAAAGACUACUGAGCAAUUAUAUUGUGAACAACAUAAAUCGUUCUUAGCUGAUAGAUUUGUUGAAGGUACAUGUCCAAAAUGUGCAUAUGAAGAUGCAAGAGGGGAUCAAUGUGAUAAAUGUGGUAAUUUAUUAGAUCCAUUAGAAUUAAUUCAACCACGUUGUAAAGUUGAUGGUGCUACUCCAAUUGUAAAAGAAUCAACUCAUAUUUAUCUUAAGUUGAAUGAAUUGGAAGAACCAUUGGCAAAAUGGGUUGCUGAAUCUUCUGAAAAGGGGCAUUGGUCUAAGAAUUCUAGAACCAUUACCAACUCCUGGCUCAAACAAGGUUUAGAACCUAGAUGUAUCACCAGGGAUUUGAUUUGGGGUACUCCUGUUCCUUUAGAAGGAUACGAUGAAAAGGUUUUAUAUGUUUGGUUUGAUGCUACUAUUGGAUAUGUUUCUAUUACUGCUAAUUAUUUCAAGGAUAAAAAUCUUGAUGAUUGGAAGAAAUGGUGGAGAAAUCCAGAACAUGUUGAUUUAUAUCAAUUUAUGGGUAAGGACAAUGUUCCAUUCCAUACAGUUGUUUUCCCAGCUACUCAAAUUGGUACUGGUGAUGUAUGGACUAAAUUACAUCAUUUAAAUACUACUGAAUAUUUACAAUAUGAAGGUGGUAAAUUCUCUAAAUCAAGAGGAGUUGGUGUUUUUGGUAAUAAUGCUAAAGAAACUGGAGUUAAUGCAUCAGUUUGGAGAUAUUAUUUGGCUUCUGUUAGACCGGAAUCUUCCGAUUCUCAUUUCUCUUGGGAUGAAUUUGUUACUAGGAAUAAUUCAGAAUUAUUAGCCAAUCUUGGUAAUUUCGUGAAUAGAAUUGUUAAAUUUGCUAUUGCGAAAUAUAAUGGUGUCAUUCCUGAAUUUGAUGUCAAGAAUAUCCCUGAUUAUGAAACUUUUGAAUCUGAAAUUAAUGAAUUAUUGAGUCAUUAUAUUCAAUGUAUGGAAGAUGUUAGUCUUAGAAAGGGUUUAGAAUUAGCUAUGGCAAUUUCAUCUCGUGGUAAUCAAUUCUUACAAGAUAAUAAAUUAGAUAAUAGCUUAUACGCCAAUCAACCAGAUAAAUCGGAUGCAGUUGUUGCUGUUGCAUUGAAUUUAGUUUAUUUGGUUAGUGCAAUUAUUUAUCCAUUUAUGCCAGAAACUACCAUUAAGAUUGAUGAGAUAUUGAAUGCUCCUGCUUUGUCAAUUACUAAUAAGUUUGAAUUAGUUAUUGAACCAGGUCAUAAUAUUGGUAAAGCACAAUAUUUGUUUACUAGAAUUGAUGAAAAGAAGAUUCAAGAAUGGAGAAAUGCAUAUGGAGGUGCUCAACAAAAAUAG